AUGCCCAUCACGCUUCUUGACGGACUGUUCCUCGGCCUGGUGCUGAUUUCGGCCGUGCUCGCCAUGGUGCGCGGCUUUUCCCGCGAAGUGCUGUCGAUCGGCUCAUGGGUUGCCGCCGCGGUGGCCGCCUUCCUGUUCUACCGGACGCUGACACCCUAUGUGCAGAAUUAUGUCGACAACGAACUGAUUGCCCAGCUCGUCGCCGCCGGUCUGAUCUUCCUGAUCGCGCUGAUCGUGGUCACGCUGAUCACCAUGCGCAUCGCCGACAUGAUCAUCGACAGCCGGAUCGGCCCGCUCGACCGGUCGCUCGGUUUCGUGUUCGGCGCCGCACGGGGCGUGAUCGUCGCCGCCGUCGCCAUCUGGUUCAUCAACUUCUUUGUCGGCGACCAGGAGAUUGCCUGGAUCGACAACGCCAAAUCCAAGCCGUUCCUCGACCAGGUGGCCCAAUCGCUGGUCGACCUGCUGCCGGACGAUCUGGGAGCGGCCGACGAAACGGACGAUCAUUUCCACGACGAAUGCGGCGUGUUCGGCAUUUUCGGGCGCGCGGAUGCGGCCUCGUUCACGACGCUCGGCCUGCAUGCGCUCCAGCAUCGCGGCCAGGAAGCGGCGGGCAUCGUGUCGUUCGACGGCACGCAGUUCCACGUCGAGCGCCAUGUCGGCCUGAUCGGCGACAAUUUCACCAAGCCGUCGGUGCUGGCGCGUCUGCCCGGCGACCGUUCCAUCGGCCAUACGCGCUAUGCGACGACCGGCGGCGCGGGGCUGCGCAAUGUCCAGCCUUUGUUCGCCGAACUGGACGGCGGCGGGUUGGCCAUCGCCCAUAAUGGCAACAUCACCAAUGCGCUGACCGUGCAGCGCAACCUUCAACGAAAAGGCGCGAUCUUCUCAUCGACCUCGGACACCGAAACCAUUCUGCAUCUGGUCGCCACCAGCGAGGAAAAAGAUCUGCUCGCCCGCUUCUGCGAUGCGGUCGGCCAGCUCGAAGGCGCGUUUUCUCUGGUCGCCCUGUCGUCCAAGAAGAUGAUCGGCUGCCGCGAUACGCUCGGCAUAAGGCCGCUCGUUCUGGGCGAUCUCGACGGGUCGUGGAUCCUCGCCUCGGAGACCUGCGCGCUGGACAUCAUGGGAGCGCGUCAUGUGCGCGACGUCGAGCCGGGUGAAGUCAUCGUCAUCACCGAAAAAGGCAUUGAGAGCCAUUUCCCGUGGGGCGAGCAGAAACCGCGCUUCUGCAUCUUCGAAUAUGUCUAUUUCUCGCGCCCCGACAGCCGCGUCGAGGGCCGCAACGUCUAUGAAGUCCGCAAGCGAAUCGGCAUGGAGCUGGCGCGAGAGGCACCGGUAGGCGCCGAUAUCGUCGUGCCGGUUCCCGACAGCGGCGUGCCGGCCGCGGUCGGUUUCGCGCAGGGCGCCGGACUGCCGUUCGAACUCGGUAUCAUCCGCAACCAUUAUGUCGGCCGCACCUUCAUCCAGCCGACGGACUCGAUCCGCCACAUGGGCGUCAAGCUCAAGCACAAUGCCAACCCGUCCGUGCUCGAAGGGCGCUCGGUGGUCCUCGUCGACGAUUCGAUCGUGCGCGGCACGACCAGCCAGAAGAUCGUGCAGAUGGUUCGCGAUGCCGGCGCGCGCGAGGUGCAUAUGCGCAUUGCGUCGCCGCCGACCAUGUCGUCGUGCUAUUAUGGCGUCGAUACGCCCGAGACGUCCAAACUGCUUGCCUCGCGCAUGUCGGUCGCCGAAAUGGCGCAGUUCAUCCGCGUCGAUUCGCUCGAAUUCCUGACCAUUGACGGGCUCUACCGCGCCGUCGGCGAGGCCGGACGGGAUCAUGACGCGCCGCGCUUUUGCGAUGCCUGCUUCACCGGCGCCUAUCCGACACGGCUGCUCGACCAUGAGGGGCCGGACAAUGUGCACCUUACCGGCAAGCUCGCUCUUGUAACGGGUGCCUCGCGCGGCAUCGGCUACGAGAUCGCUCUGCAGAUGGCGGCGGCUGGCGCCCAUGUGAUCGCCGUCGCGCGGACGGUCGGCGGGCUCGAGGAACUGGACGACAAGAUCAAGGCGGCCGGGGGCGAAGCAACGCUGGUGCCGCUCGAUCUCAAGGAUCUGGAGGCGAUCGACCGGUUGGGCGGGGUGAUUGCCGAGCGCUGGGGCAAGCUCGACAUUCUGGUUGCCAAUGCCGGCAUCCUGGGCGCGCUGACGCCCGUCGGGCAGAUGAAGGCCAAGGAUUUCGAAGCGGUCAUGACGGUCAACGUCACCGCCACCUGGCGCAUGAUCCGCUCGGUCGAUCCGCUGCUGCGGCUGUCCGAGGCCGGCCGCGCGAUCGUCGUGUCGUCGUCGGUCGCCCACAAGGUCAAACCCUAUUGGGGUGGCUAUGCGACAUCGAAGGCUGCCAUCGACAUGCUGACGCGGGUCUGGGCGGCUGAGAACGCCAAGGGGCCGAUGCGCAUCAAUCUGGUCAAUCCCGGCCCGACGCGGACCGCGAUGCGGGCUCAGGCCGUGCCCGGCGAAAAGCCCGAAAGCCUGCCGACGCCGGCGCAGACGGCGGCGAAGAUCGUGCCGAUGGCGGCUACGGAUCUGACGCAUACGGGCAAGAUCUUCGACGUGCCGACCGACAUGUGGACCGAUGCGGCGCUGCCCACGCCGCUUUCCGACAUGGUGUGGGCGCUGGUCGCGAUUGCCGUGCUUGCGGCGCUGCUCGGCGGGCUCGCGAUGCGAGAAAAAAGCCGUACCGGCGUGAGCAUGCGGCAGGCGCUGGCGCUUGCCCUGCCCGCGCUGUCUCAUCGGCUCGACACACGGGCCGUCCGCGCGGCGGGCGCGGCCGAAGGGCCGGUGAUCUAUGCGAUUUCCGAGCAGGCCAGGCUCGAUGCGGCGCUGUUUCUGGCCGCGCUGCCCGACGAUACGCUGCACAUUCUCGAUCCCGCCUCGGCCGGCCAUUGGGCGGUGGAGGCGUGCCGGCCGCUGGCCAAGUCGGUGAUCUUCGACAAGGAGCGGAUGAUCGCCAACCGGCGCCUCGUCAGGCACCUCAAGGGCAAGGGCCGGCUGGCGGUCUAUUUUCCCGAUGCGGUCGAGCCAGAUGCCGACGCGUUUCGCCUCUACCGGGCCGUGGCGCUUCUGGCGCGAAAGACAGGCGCGAAAAUCGUGCCGCUGACCGUCCGCAAUGCCCGCUUCCUGCGGUCCUCUUUGACGCCGGCCGAAAAAGCGCCGCGCCAAUGGUUCCCGCGCCUGACCAUGCAUACGCUCGCGCCCGCGACGAUUGGCGAGAUCGUCGCCAUGCGCGGAAGGGACAUGACGACGCCGGCCAACGCUCUGUUCGACCGCAUGGCCGAACUGCGCUUCACAUCGAUCGACCCUGCGCAGACCCUGUUCGGCGCGCUGGUUCUGGCGGCACGCACCUACGGGCCAAGCCGGGUGAUCGUCGAGGACGCGGUCACCGGCGCGCUCGCUUACAAGCGGGUCCUGAUCGGCGCGCGCGUGCUCGCAAAGCGGUUCGCCGCCAUGUCGGCGCCGGGCGAGGCGAUGGGCGUGCUGCUGCCCAACGCAAAUGGCGCGGUGGUCACCUUCUUCGCGCUGCAGUCGGCCGGCCGGGUGGCGGCGAUGCUGAACUACACCGCCGGACCGGCCAAUGUGGUCUCGGCGAUCAACACCGCGAAGAUCCGCACGGUCCUGUCGUCACGCGCCUUCAUCGAAAAGGCGGACCUGCAACCGCUGGUCGUCGCGAUCGAGGAAAACGGCACCAAGAUCAUCUGGCUGGAAGAAAUGCGCGAAACGGUCACGCUGCCCGAAAAACUGUCGGCCGCAGCGCUGUGGUCCCGACCGAUCGCGGAGACCAGGGCCGGCGAACCGGCGGUGGUGCUGUUCACCUCGGGUACCGAGGGCUCGCCCAAGGGCGUGGUCCUGUCGCACCGCAACCUGGUGGUCAAUGCGGCGCAAUCGGAAGCGCGCGUUUCCAUCUCGGUCGAGGACAGCCUGUUCAACGUGCUGCCGCUGUUCCACUCGUUCGGCCUGACCGGCGGCAUGGUGCUGCCGCUGCUCUACGGCGUGCGGCUGUUCCUUUACCCUUCCCCGCUGCACUACAAGCUGAUCCCGCAGGUGGCGGCUCGCGUGCAGCCGACCAUCAUGUUCGGCACGGACACCUUCCUGGCCGGUUAUGCGCGCACCGCCAAGGACACCGACUUCGCCUCUCUGCGCUUCGUCGUCGCCGGGGCCGAGGCGGUCAAGCAUGAGACCGAGGAGGUCUACAGAAGCCGGUUCGAUUGCCAUAUUCUGGAAGGCUACGGCAUGACCGAAGCCUCGCCCGUCGUCGCGGUCAACUCGGCGACACACAGCCGGCUGGGGACCGUCGGACGCGCCCUGCCCGGCAUCGCGAUCCGGCUCGAACCGGUCGAGGGCAUCGAGGGCGGCUUCCGCAUGUGGGUGCAGGGCCCGAAUGUGAUGCUGGGCUAUCUGAAAGCAGACCGGCCCGGCGAACUGCAACCGCUCGAAGAUGGCUGGUACGACACGGGCGACAUCGUCCAUAUCGACCAUGAAGGCUUCAUCGAGGUGCGCGGGCGGGCCAAGCGCUUUGCCAAGAUCGGCGGCGAGAUGGUGUCGCUGGGUGCCGUGGAGAUCCUGGUGCAGUCGCUGUGGCCGGCCGACCGGCACGCCGCACUGUCGGUCGCGGACCGGCGCAAGGGCGAAAAGAUCGUGCUGGCGACGGCAUGA